AAAUUAGCAGUGGCAGUAGAUGGGUUGUAGCAACAACACAAGCAACAAUGCAGAGCGAGUGAACUCAGUGCUAGAUUUUCGUGCGGAAACACAACCAAACCAAAAAUCAUGACAUUUAGUUUACGUCAACACGAAACCCAAUCGCGAUCAAAAAUGUAAUCGCUUUUCCAAACGCCAUCGAUCAUCCGCGCUAUCAAUAUGUGACUAGAUCGCGAGUGCGGCAAGUAUUCAUCGAACGGCGAACAGGUGAUAAACGCGACCGACAUAAAAUGUUCAGCAAGAAAAUCACGGACAUCAAGAAGUCCUCGCUGAAGAUCCAGGACCCCAAGAAGGACUUGGCAACGCGUGUCAAGCACCUGAAGGUGAUUUUAUAUAAUUUUGAGCACAUUGAAGCCAAAGGGUUCUUUGAGGCCAACUUCAGUCACAUUUACCAGAUUCUCUAUGAAUCUUUCGUCCAAGCAGAGCAAAACCUCAGACAGAAAGAGCUCACAUUUCACUUAGUUCAAAGGGCCACGCGCGAAGAACUGGAAGUAGCGUUAUGGAUCCUAGAACAAGUUCUCGUUCUCCUCCCCGAGCUCAUCCACAAACGAUGGCAGUUGCAUUCGCUUGGCCGUCUUCUCUCCAAAAUUCUCCACGCCGGCAACACAGCCCGUUUGAGGAAACAGGCGAUAAAAUACUUUCUCAUGUGGUACCAGGCCCUCAACGAAAAUGCGCCCGACCAUGUGCAUCACAUGUUUGCCUCUUUGGUCGCCGGUUUCAUUCCGAUUUCGGCGAUUGGCGGUCAAACGACCAACAGUGUAUUUCAUGACACAUCGUCACAAUACCCAGUGACGCCUGGUGAUGUUUUGCCCAUCCUGCCUGCACAAACCAACGAAACAGAUAAUAAAGUUUACAUGGAAACGCUGCUGGAGGGCAUGGCCAGCACGGUGGUGAAACUAGAGUGGCAUGAUAAGGAGAUGCACCAGCGACGCUCAUUUCAGUUUUUAUUGGAAAGGUUCCAAAUACAUUACCUACCUAAGUUGUGUCCGAAUUUUUCGUAUCAGACUUCUCUAUACAAGCCUAUACUUGAUUUGCCGACGCGACGGAAAGCAGAAAGCGAAAAUGAGUUUGUAGCAUACAGGGUGAUACUGAUCAAGUGGGUUAUUAAUUACACACAGAAAAGAGGAGAUGGUGGCAAUACGCAGAGUAGUUUGCAACAAGUACAGGAUGACGAAGGCAGUGAACAGUCAAGUUUAGAUGGAAAUAUGUCUCUGCAAUCAGUUAAAACAGCACCAUCUGAGUACGAACAAGCGGCACAAAUCGUACGCGAUGUCCUCUGGUCUUCUCGUGAUAAUGUCAACUUUAUCCAUGAGUUAUAUCGGCAGGCAUUUUUGCUUAAUUUUGAUCACAUUGUCGCCAUUCGCAAGACAAUUGCCAUGUACAAAGACAUCAUCCAGAAGUCUGGGUCUGACAUGCCGCCUUAUAUGUUGGAGCCGGUGGCUGAUGACGUAGCACGCAGUGAUGAUGGCGCGGAUGCCAUGCGUCCGCCACGAUUACGCAACGAUUCAUACUUGGGUGCGAUACACAAAGAAAAUCUGCUGGUGCGCGCUGGUUUGCAGAAUGUGCUGCAGUUGUUUAUGACACACGCCGGCAAUGUGUUUUUGCUGGAAGUCAAUCCGCACUUGACCACCUCUCUCGAGGAGCAGACUGAUGCGUGCAAGCGAGUACUGAAUAUUUACAGAUACAUGGUGAUGCACACUGGCAUGGACAGCGAGACCUGGGAGCAGUUGUUGGUGGUGUUACUGCAGGUGACGUCGCUGGUGCUUGGGGAAAACCCGCCGAAUCCACCAAAGAAAAAAGUUAGUACACUGGGCGGGAAACUAGCGCCUGCAAUAUUCCAAACGUUGAUUGUUACGUGGAUCAAAGCCAAUUUGAAUGUGAUGAUUAGUCGGGAAUUGUGGGAUAGGUUUCUACAUGUUUUGACGUCGUUGACAAACUGGGAGGAAUUAAUCACCGAAUGGUCGAAGACUUUGGAGACAUUAACAAGAGUUCUGGCGCGACAAGUGUACAACUUGGACUUGACUAACUUGCCAUUGGAUCGACUGUCUGAACAGAAGAGUAAACGCAGACCGAGGGUGACUAGCAAGACUGAAAACUGCAACCAAAUGGUGUCGACAGAGUCGCAUCCGCAUCAGGUUGAAAGACAGGAUUCUUCCGCGCCAGAGGAAACGGUAGUUGUAAAGGCAUCCAAGCCUGGCUUGUCGCGCAGCUACAGCGAAACCAAUUUGACCAAACGGCGCAUGCCGCAUCGGAGGGCACUCUCCUUGGAUAAUUUGCGGCAACAAAUCGAUACUGAAUCGGUUGAUCGAACACGAACGCCGAGCCCGGCACCGUCCAGCGGCCUAGAAAGUACUUCGAUUAAAGACGCGCCGAUACCACUGGAUGUCCUAAGUGGUGAUAAUCACCCGCAGGAUAUCUCUGGUGAGAAUCGUGGCGUAGUUUGCGGUGGGUCGGUGCGUGGCUGGUUGCCCGACGUUGCUGUUAUUCUAUGGCGGCGCAUGCUUGGUGCUUUAGGCGACGUUAACGAAAUCGCCGACCCGCACUUACAUUCCCAGGUGUUCGAGUAUUUGGUAAAAUUGGUCGACACCUUAAUAAAAAUCAAAGCGAAUCAAGGCGUCUCUACGGACAACGUGAGCACACCGUCCCCGCCCGAGCUGGUACCGCCGCUCACGUUAAUCGUCCCUUGGUGCUUUGGAGCUUUAAACUUAUCGUCCGCGUACGAUUCGGGGAAAAUCAACGCGUUGCGCUUGCUUUGUAUUGUAACUAUUAACUGUGAUCCGCAUCAUCGAAGUUAUCUGCCGCAUUUCUACAGAUCUUUGCAUUUGGCUUUAAGCGGCACGUCCCGGCCUAUUCUUAAUGUAACACUGCGUUAUUUAGGCCCUCGGUUUUUAUCAUUACAAUUGCCAGGGUCUUCGUUAUUGUUGCUUGAUUUGGUGCAUUCGUGCAGUUCCGUACUUAAUUCGUCCGAUCUCUCGGAAGCUACACCGAGAUCCGAGGCGAUCUCUAUUUUGGGAGGGUUGCUGUCGAUGACGGAUAACUUAACUAAAUUGUCUGUUCUACGACCUGAAAACAGUAUCAAUGUGUUGCCAUGUCCAGAUAUCAAGGAGCACAUUGUGGGUAUAGUUUUGCGAACUGGUCGGCGGGAGCCUACUGGUAUGGCGAGGUGUAUUGCUUUAACCGUUUUGGGUCAUUUUGUGUAUCGCGAAUUUACGAAUGAAUCAUACAGUUCUCUAAUAUCUGAUGCAAUCAAUGUUAUUCUACAAUCAUUGAAAUUAACGAACAAAGUCAUCGCACAAUUGGCAAGUAAUACAUUAUAUUUCCUCUGUGAUCAUGGCGUGCUCCUCUGGUUGCAUUAUCCACGCCUGGCGGAUUCAAUCAUUCGGUCGUUGUGCCACGCUCUGUUUUUGCACACACCUUCGGGACCUACUGCGUCCGAAAAUGAAAAAUCUCUGAGUACAUCGCUGCUACUUUGUUUGGGCGAGUGGUGCAUGAAGCUCGGUCCGCAGCGUCUCUUGGUUGCCUCUGAAUAUGGUGAGAGUAAAUCAUGUCUGUUGCUGCUCGUAUUUAGCGUCUUGCAUCGUAUGCUGCGCACCAAAUCAUCGGAGUACACCAAUCUGUCUGGGUUGGUACCACAACAAAAUCAGGAUGAUUUUGACUCCCACAUAUCGUUGGAUAAUUUGGCGCGCGGGUCUUCUGGCAACACUAAAACGCCCCAAUAUCGGCAGGCGAUUAUUCUUUGUGCCAGAACGGUAUUAUCGCAUUUGGUAACCCAUUUGGGACAUUUUCCAAUGGCGAUUGGAGCCGCACGGCUUAGUUCACUUGUCGUAGAACAUGACGACGUGCCCGAUUUAAAUUCCGACGAGUUAUCGAUGGAUAUCUUUGCCGCACCGAAUAUUCAGUUGUUUGUGUUGACGGCGAAUGUAAUCGCUAGUCUUGUGGAACUACCGGCGCUCGAUUUGCCUGGCGGCGGCGUGACAGCUGGUUUGUCGACGGCUGAUAAACAAGUCCGAGUUUUGCUGAGAGACUUAUCUGGGAAAGCGAGUUGGGACGCAAGUAUUUUAUACAAAACGCCGGAAAUGUACAAGAAUUACAAUCAACAUCGCGAGAGCACUGCGAGUUGGAGUAGUACAAACUCGAGCAAAUGGGGACCGAUGAGUAUCAUGCAGCAUGAGAGUUUGUGUCCAGUUAAUAUCGGACAAACCAACAUUCAACAGCGCGCAAUGCGACAUAGAAAUCCCAGCGUUUUGCCAAACACUGAAAAUUCCGCACCGGACUUGGAUCAGUUAGAUGAUUUAUUACAGUAUUUGGGACAUACAAGCCCAGAAUGUUUAGAGAAUGGGGACCAUAGUUUAAAUAUCCCUGCAGUGUCACCACUUGACACUGACUUAGAAGCAGAAGCCAUCGGCUCGGUCAUAAGCGAGAGAAACAUCGAAAUCGAACAAUCCCGAAGUAUGCAGAAUAGUAAUGCGAUGUUGGGCCAUCCUGCUUGUCGACCUGAAAGCAGAGAGAGUGAUCAUCUCAGCCAGGAAGUCAACAGUCAGCAAUCGGCAUUCCAGCAGUGUCGCUUACUUUUCUCCCAGUUGGGAUUGGCGGGCUGGGAACGCCGUAAACAACUGCAUUUGUUGAAUAAGAAUGAACGACUUUUGAGAGAGCUGAAGAAUUUGGACGGGCAGCGGUGUCGAGAAACGCACAAAGUCGCCGUCAUUUAUGUCGCUCCGGGUCAGGAAGAUAAGAAUUCGAUUCUGUCGAACCAAGGCGGUAGCAUUGCGUACGAGCAAUUUUUGGCAGCGUUAGCAUGGGAAGUGGAACUUGAAGCGCACACUGGUUUUCUCGGCGGCUUGCAGCGGCAGGGAUCCACUGGUUUGACGGCACCGUACGUCGCCAGCAGCUUUAUGGAGGCGAUUUUCCAUGUUGCAACACGGAUGCCCGGUGAUACGCCUGAAGCUGUUUUAAAUAAGACACGGCAUCUGGGAAACGAUGAGGUGCAUGUAGUAUGGUCGGAACAUUCGCGAGAUUAUCGGCGGGAUAUAAUCCCAACUGAAUUCUGUGAUAUAUUAAUUAGUAUAUAUCCGCUGGGUAAUCAUCUGAAUCGGGUGACGAUAAACUGCAAACCGGAUGUACCGAUGUUCGGUGUGCUGUUUGAUGAGGCAAUUAUCGAGAACAGCAUUUUGGCUGGUGUGGUGAGAGCGGCGAUCAUUUGCGCAAGUCGUGCCAAACGAUCGACACUAUCUUUCUAUCAACAAUAUUACGAGGAACGAUCGAGAUCUUUGGAGACAGUUGUUAAUAAAUACAGAAACGCUACAACUUACGAGGAUCUGAUCGCGAGGGUGUACAUUCCGAUGACGAUGCCGAGUGCUUUCAACGUCGGCAUUUCGUCUGUUAUUGAAGGUGAUGGUGCUGCGAGCGUCGGCAGCAAUUCGUCCUCGACGGCUGCAGCGUGGCUUGAUAUCAUGCACAAUCCGCACAAAGCCGGAUCGAAAGAGUAUGCCAAAUUUAGAGAUGGGCGCGGCGUAUGGUUCAACAACGUAGACGUCUCGCAGAAUGUAGAAUCAACGAGCAUAUCUCCAAGACCUCUCAAGAAGUUAACUAGUCUAAAGAACACUCCGCGGAGAUCGCUUAGGUCCGAGACCACCGGCAGUGAAACGCCACCGCAGAGUCCAAAUCAGUUUUCACGGAAGAAGUAACCGGUGUUUUGUUAUAUUCCUUGAGGUAUUUGGUCUCUUUUUACUUAUUGUUUAAUUAUUUAAUUAAUAUUAAUGAACAUGCACUGCUAAUAAUUAAGAGAUAUUGCUAUAUCACAGUAUUUAUUCCUUAUAUAAAUAAAAUAUUAAAUUAAACUAA